CUCUAUAAUGAUCUCAACGCUAGACAUCACCAAAAGGAAAGUCUUUGGUUCCGGAAAUUUUGAGCUCUUGAGGGCUAAAGUGAAGUCAAAUCCACGGAUCAAAGGAGUGGUCUUUUCCAUAGAUAUGUUGAAUUCGGUUCAGAUGUCGGAAAUGGAGUCCCAAUUAGGGGUUGACGUGAGUCCUGAGUCGGCACAUGACUGUCACGACAGGAACUGAUGAUUGAAUGACUUGUUCCCAGAUUUACGACAGAUAUUCCAUUGUCUUAAAUGUCUUCAAAUCUCAGGCCAACACCAAAGAAGCGAAACUGCAGAUCGCUUUGGCGGAGAUUCCGUACAUUAGAAACAACUUAAGAGUUUUAGAAAAGAGCGGACAAUCGCGACAAAAGGGUUGGUUGCAUACGACCGGCGGUUCCGGACAGACGUGGAUUGAGAUCAGGAAACAACUCUUGAGGGACAGGGAAUCGAAGUUAACUAAACUUUUGGAUAAAAUCGAAUCAAACAGAGAACUACUUCGAGUGAAUCGCGCGAAGAAACAGUUUCCGGUGAUCGCAGUCAUCGGUUAUACCAAUUGUGGUAAGACUUCACUCAUCAAAGCCCUGACAAACGACCAGAGAUUAGUUCCAAGGAAUCAGUUGUUCGCCACUUUGGAUGUGACGGUUCACACGGGGAGACUCGCCUCCAGUCUCAGAGUGCUCUACACCGACACCAUUGGCUUCAUCUCCGAGAUCCCGACGGCUUUGAUUCACUCAUUUAAAGCCACAUUAAGUGAAAUCUGUUUCGCAGAUGUGAUCGUCCACGUGCUGGAUGUGAGUCAUCCCAACCAUCAAUUACACGACCAGACGGUUAGCCAAACAUUAGAUCAAAUCAAUGUUCCCGAAAAGCUCAAGAAUUCAAUCAUUGAAGUGUCAAAUAAAAUAGAUUUAGUCGAAGAUCAAGAAACCCUUCAAAACAGUAAUCGACUGCUAGUGUCCGCCACUCAGAGAAUAGGUUUGGAUCAGUUGAUGGAUGCCAUCGAAAAACAGAUUAUCAUUAAUACGGGACGACUAGAAAAGACUUUGAGGGUUGCAAACGGAGGCCUCGAAUACCAAUGGCUUUACAAAGAAUCAGCAAUUCGUGAAAGUAAUGUCGACCCAAAUGAUGAAAACUAUUUGAUAUUACAAAUCUAUAUAACGAUUGAAGCGUUUGCGAAGUUUAAGCAUUCAUUUCGUGAUUCUUUUCGUGAGCUUUCAUAA